AUGAAGUCGAGCCAGUCCAAGAAAAACUUUGUGGCUCCAAAAAGAAAAUUGGGGUUGGACUCGUCUUCUUCCUCCUUGACUGCUGCCAAGAAAAGAUUGAAGGCUCAUCCCCCUUCUCCGUCUUCCUCUGAAUCUGAACCUGAGGAAGCGAAAUCCGAGUUUGAAGAAACUCAUGAUACCACCUUAUCUGAUGAAUCUGUUCUUGACAAUGUUGAAUUAGAGGCUGAGUCUGAUGAACUAGAACAAGAAGAUGUUGUCCCUACUGAACAAGAAGUCGAAUCUGACAUAGAGCCAGUAGCAACUCCAUUGUCAUCCAAGGCUAAAGGCAAGAGACCUAUUUCUGAUUCUACCCCAUCUUCAAGACUCUCAGGUGUUAAUUUCAAACCUCAUUCUUCUAUUUUUUGUUAUAAUGACAAUGCUCGUGAUAUGGUUCUCUAUGCUCAAAGGAAAUUUCUCAUUGAGAGAAAUUAUGUCUUGAGUGAUCAUCGUCCUUAUGGUGUGCUAACAAUGCUUCAAGAUCGAAAAUGGACAGGUUCUUUGGUUAAAUUUACUGGUUUUGUGGAUAGAAUAGUCAAGGAAUUCUAUGCCAAUCUUACUAAUGAAAUUAUUGACCCUAAAUCUCCUCUGUAUUGUAAAGUGUAUGUUAGGGGCCAUUGGUUUUCUUUUUCUCCACAAGAUAUUGCACAAGCUUUGCAUCUUCCUCUUGAUGUUGAGGAUGAUGAUGAUCUUGCCUCUCUUGACAAGGAUGAGGUCAUCACUGAAUUAGUAGGGCAAAAAAUGGUAUGGCCCUCUAAUAUAGUCAUCUCGGUCACCAAUCUCACCUACACUUAUGCUGUUCUCCAUAAGUUUGCCACAACGAAUUGGAAACCAGCUUAUCACCCCGCAACUAUCUCAUUUGACAUGGCUUCCUUUUUGUAUAAAGUGGGGACCGGAAUUGGUAUAGACUUGGCUAUGUUUAUCUAUGAUCAAAUCAUUCGAUUUCGAACAGAAAGCCAAGCCUCAAUAUCUGAAGUUGCCUAUGAUGACAUUCCUCCUGGAUCCUCCUCUAUUCCCACAGAUUCAGGACCUGUUGCUACAGAACUAGCUGCUGUUCGAGCCUCUGUUGAUUCUUUGGCUGCUCGAAUGAUGACAAUUGAAGGACUGCAACGUUCUGUUUUGGAUGCUGUCCACACUUUGUCCAAGGAUCCUGCCGUUUAA